AUGUUGGAAUGGGAGACAACAAGCCGCAAUGCCAUGCCGCACACGAACAUCACGACUUGUCUAGCAACUGAGCAGGGUCGGUAUUGGUGUGACGUGUGCAUCAUUAUUACUGGCGAGUCGGAUUGGGUUUCCAGCCAUUACGGUUUCACCAGUCUACAGAACAUCAUGAUCCUCGGCUUCGCUGAGGAGAUUGCUAUGAGUAAUUCUUCGGAAUCGAUGAGCAGUAUUUUUCUACCUGAUCCCCCUCUUCACAAGCCUAAACAACGCUCGUCUGCACCACCCACACCUCCCGCAUCCGAUGCGCGUAGUAGCCCUCCUGCAAAGAGUGGCUCCUUCACUUUAUCGCGCCUCGAGGCUACUGUCGAGGAGGCUCCUACCCUUCAAGAUGACGGGGGCAACUCUGUAGUCAACAGCCGGGUUGAUGACAAGCAUCGCAAGCGUUCUGCCCGGUAUGCCUUAUUUGAGAGUGGCAACCGUGAGGAGGAUUGUGACUUACCCACAAAGAGAUUAAGAGCCUUGAAAACGACGUGGAACCACACUUUUGACUCUAACGCUACGAACUAUCUCAACGAGCGCAUGCUCGAACUUUCCCGAAUCACUCGCCGGGCUCUUGCCGCAAGAGUUCGCUACCAACGUCUUCGCGCCCACGAACUUGAUCUAAUCAAGUCAAUCCUCGAAGAAGAAACUGAGCUGUCCCAGAAACAGAUUCAUGGUAUUGAUUUACAAAUUGGCUCCAUCCGAAAUAUGCUUCAGGACGGAGGAGUAACGUCAAUAGGGAAUAAAGGAUUAUCUGACUGUGACAAUCGGCGGCUCGAAGUUCCCCCGGGGAUUUACCACAAGCCGCAUAACCUACCCUCUCAGGGUGCAGGUUCUAAGGCCACUGAUCCUGCAUGA